AUCAAAUUCAAAGCUACUGAAAUCGAACCCCAAAUCUGAUAAACCCUUUGAAUUUAGGGUUUUGCAGAAGCAUUUACUAUGUUUCGAAUCGGAGCUAAGCUCUUUAGAGCUGCCAGAAUUGGUGGCUCCGCCGUGUCCGAUUUCAGGUUACCACCAACAAGAUUUUUCUCCAUUAACAACAAUGUUAAUACUGGUUUCAAAACCAACCCAGUUGCUCUUCAAAUGAUCAAUUAUGCUAUUUCCCUUGCUCGGGCAAAAAAAAUAGAUGAAUCAUAUGCGCAAGCUCAAUUGGUACUUGAGCAGUGCCACUCAACUCAGUCGGAUGAGAGUGCUAAAGGAUUGGUUUUUCUCGCUAUGUCUACCUUAUUUUCUGAAAGAGGGAAUUUUAGUGAAGCCAUUGAGAAGCUCCAGAAAAUUCAAGAUUUGGGCUUGUCAUCUAUAGCUGUUAGAGUUGCCGCCUCUGAAGCACUUGCUGGGCUUUAUUUAGAAUCAUAUCAAGAUGAUUUUUCAUCAGCAACUGCAGAUAUGUGCUUGCAACUGCUGGAAACCAUAAGGCUAGAGAUUGGUGGUGGUGGAUCUGACAUUUUGGAAGCUCGUGCAAAAGCAUUGAAAGGGCUGGUUGAGUUGGUCCAUGGUAAUGUUGAAUCAGCCCAGUCAUUUUUUGAAGGAGCUCAAGGUGAUAAAGGUUGCUUUGGCAACGUUGCACUAUCUUUUGGUGAAUUCCUGCAUUGUAAGCGGAAUUUCCAAAUGGCGAGGGAGUUAUAUCAAACGGCAAUGCAGGAUGUAUCAGAACGUAAAGAUUUUACUGACUCACAGUCCGUAUCAGCUUGUAACAUGAAUUUGGAGGAGACUUUGUUAGGAGCUACUUGUGCUCUAGGACAGCUUGAGGCUCAUUUGGGGAAUUUUGAUGAUGCUGAGGAAAUACUAACUGCUGCACUGAAGAAAGCAGAAGAGUGUUUUGGUAAUUAUCAUCCAAAGGUAGGUAUUAUUUUGACCUGCAUAGCUCUCAUGUAUCGACAUAAAGCAGCCAUGGAGCGGUCAAGCUCGCUUUUGAUUCAAGAGGGCCUCUAUAGAAGAGCAAUUGAAGUGCUCAAAGCUCCACCAUUGGAAGUAGAAGGUGUUGGAGCGACACGGUCUAGAAGGGAUAUUCUUGCCCUUGCAAGAGGUGGGUAUGCAGAGACGCUUAUCGUGCAACAAAACAGAAAAGCAGAAGGUGAAAAAAUGAAGCAGUGGGCUGAAACAGCUUGGACAAAUCGCAGAUUGUCACUCGCGGAGGCACUAGAGUCAUCCGAGUCAUCAACCAAAGUGUCUGUCAUAGAUAGUCGAAUAAGCCGAGUCCUGUAGUU